CCACCGACCGCGCUCUCUUACCGGAAGGGCGGGAGGAGACGAUGGCGGCGGCGGCGGCGGCGGCGGCGUUCCACGCAGCGAUGUGCGACAAAAAGACGAGCGCCGCGCACGCGGCUUCUGCGCCCAGACACGUGACCGGACGAGAACGUCCAAGGAUCUCGUGAUUGACGACCGACGGCGUCGACGGGAAGUGUGCCAGGUUACCAUGACGACAACCGUAAAGACAACGCUGCUGCUCUGUGGUUUUUUUAGGUUUUGAUUUUUGUGAACUGAAUGAGAAAAUCGAAACCUAAAGAAAAAAACGGCGCUGACGGCAACGACUCUUUUUUUCUUGUCGGCCAUCGAUAAAGUCGGCGUGUGUGAAACGAGUGUGCGCCUGCGUGUUUGUUGACUCCCGGAGACGGACGAGGUCAAAGUUGAGCGGGUCUGUGGCUCACCGCGGUGAGAAAAGUCACAAACGUGCUCGAUGACUUCACUUUCGAGCGCCUCCCGGUCUCCGUGACAACCAGACGCCCGGCUGCCAAAACACCACACGCUGCCUUUCACACACACACGCACGCUCGCUCGGUGUGUGUGUUAGCGCUCAUUAAAUAUUCAUCCUUCAGCUGUUUGAAAGUUGCUGGCAGCCCAACGCCACUCGCCGCAUUUAAAGCGGCCUUUGACUUCCCGAAAGGAACAUUUGGACGUCGUCGACGUCACAUUUGGAAUUUGGGCGGGAAUCUUUUUGCAGUUGUUACUCCUUUUUUGCGUGACACAUUGCUCGAGCUCUAUCUGCGAUGCGGGGGGGUUGCCGUUCGGGUUUGUCACGACGGAUGUUUGCAAUUCAGUUGCGGACGUACGCGACUCAAUUGCAAAUAUCUGCAAGUCCGCUUUGAGAUAUGUGCAAGACCGGUUUGACCAGUUGGUUGCGUCCGAUAUAAUCUUCAACUUCAAACUUGAUUUAAAAAUUUGGAUUGAAAUUGAGGCCGGUUGAAAAUAUUUUGUCACCGUCACGUUUCCCAAAGUGGACUUGCGCAGAUGUUCAAUCGUGUGCCGGAUAUCCGUGCUUGCUUUUCCAGAUUUGACGCGACCGAUUUUUAUUUUCUUUUGUUGUCCUGCGAUAUGAGCAAAAAUUUAAGAUACGGGUGCGUUGCAGACGCCCACCGCUAGAUGGCGCCAAUACACUCGGCGACGAUUCGCCAAUCGAAGGGGAAGAAGGCCCAAAUAUUAGUUACGCUGGUGUUUUGUAUUUGCGUUUCCCGCGUUUCAAGUUUCGCACGUGGCAAAUUAGUUUUUAUUGCGUGUUUUUCUGUAGCACAUCACAGUCGAGUGCAAUUUUUCUUGAAAAACGUUGAAAUACACAUUUGGGGGCUAAAAUGGUUUCAUUACAUUCACACUCAUUUCAAUGGGGAAAGGUGACUUGAGAUACGAGCGCGAUGACAGAACAAAUUCAACUCGCAUUUGAAGGCACGAGUAUAUCUGCAGUUAAAUUCAACAGAAGUUGAAGGCAUAACACUGGGUUGACAAAUGUCUGAAUGGGAAAACGUCAGGUUUUGAUGGCAAGUUGCUCACAGUUGGUUUAUCAAAUGUUGCAAACUUGGCUUACUGUGAAUUGAAUGGAACGUUACGGCAUCAUUGUUCAAAAUUCAGGGCAUGGUUAUUUGAAAUAGCGGUAGCAAAAUGUAACAAAAACGUGGCCCGAGUUCAAGAAGUUGACCUGAUUGAGCAAAACCGACGGGUCUUCCGAUCUUGGCCUUGCGGGGGCGUACGCUUAGCGAAAUGAGGGAUUGAAGAUAUCUGUUAUGUCGUUCCCAUUAGUCGCAAUUCAUUUACAGAUAUUUCGAGUGUGAAAACCCCGAUGAUGAAAGAUGUUAAUGGAUGGAGCUUUCCCUUGCCCACCGGGGCCCCCCUCUGGAGGCGGGGCUCGAAGGCGAGCGCCGGCACCCGUGGGGCUCGAAAGGGUAGCGAGACCCGACCUCGGAUAAGCGCUAGAAAUUGGAUGAAUGGAUGAGAGUGAAAAUCGGGACUGUUCUACAAUAUUAAGUCCUGGUAGUCAAACUUAGCGCUUGCCACCGACCGACUGCGCCACGGUCGGCGAUGACGUCGUAGGGACUCUGCCAUCAAAGCAGGAGAGUGCAGGUCACAUGACCAGCGGCCACGCUCGAACCGGUCGAACCCGAGCGCCUGUCAGCAGAAACGUCCCGAGGUUCGUUGGUGGCGUCAGCACAACUUCCGCAUUGACACUUGAGUGGGGGGGCGCACGAAGAGUUAAGUUUGGGGCUGACCUGGCCUCGCCCCUUUGCGACUUCGCACACACACGCUUCACCUAAAAGUCGCACCCACACACGCGCGCGCUCACUUGAAAGCGGAAAGCAGAUGCGCGAAAGUGAUAAAAUCUCCAAUUGAUUGAUCGCUGCGUGGCACGUACCCGACUGUGUGACGUCAUGGAGGUCCGCUUGCUGCUGCUGCUGCUGAUGAUGAUGAUGAUGAUGACGUCACAGGUGUUUGCCGUUAGCGCGUCAUCACACCACCGCGUUAGCAAGCGCUACACCAUCAACCCGCUGGGACACAAGUGGACGCACCGAAACAUCACGUACAGACUGGAGUCGUUUCCGAACACGCUGAGCGCCGACGCCACCAGGAAGGCGCUCGGCGCGGCCUUCUCCAAAUGGAGCGACGUGUCGCCGCUCAGCUUCACCGAGGUCCACGGAUGCGCCGCAGACAUCAGCAUCGGUACCAAGGAAGUCGACAAAUGCGCGUGUGGCGGCACGUUGCUCCGCACACGACAAGCAGGUCCGUCUGUCCGUCUGUCCGUCUUUGACUUGAGUUUCUAUGCGUUCAACCACUCGGACUGCCGGUCGUCGCCCCUGCAUCCGUGUUUCGACGGCGUCAAUGGCGAGCUGGCUCACGCGUUCCUCCCGCCGCGCGGCGAGAUCCACUUCGACAAGCACGAGUUGUGGAUCGUCGGGAGGUCAAGGUUCAGCUGGAAACGAGGGGUGUGGCUCAACGACCUGGUCCAGGUGGCGGCUCACGAGAUCGGCCACGCGCUGGGCCUGUGGCACUCGGGCGACCCGCGCGCCCUCAUGCACCCCAACGCCACCUUCACGGGCCAGCGCGACAUCGGCCGUGACGACGUCGCGGGCAUUCGGAGGCUCUACGGCUGCGUGGACGAGAAGCGUGCGUGCGCGUCGUGGGCCGGCUCGGGUUUGUGCGAGCGUCGCAAGCGGUUCAUGAAGAAGAAGUGCCCGCGCAGCUGCCAAUUGUGCUUCGAGCCUCCGGAAGCCGCGGCCACGCCGACGCCGCCCCCCAACGUCCGGGUGAAGGUGGUCCCGCGGGGGAAGGUGGUGGGCUUCCGCUGCGGCACCAAGAACCCGCGAUCGCCACCUAGAGUCAGCUGGUACAAAGACGGCGAGCGCAUCGCGGCUUCUGUCCCGGGCCACAUCGCGCUCAAAGGUCACGAUCUCCGCAUCGUGGCCAAUGAGUUCAACGAGGGCGUGUACACCUGUCGCCUCCAUCGCCACGGCGACGCCGCGGCCGCCGAUUCCUGGCGCGUCCGACUCCGGACCCCGGACAACCGCGACAGCUGACCGAGGACGAUGAUGUCGUCGCUCACCGCCGCCGUCAUCGAGUCCCAAGAUGAUUGAUUUGAAAACGCUCCAAAGGGACAAAACUAUUUGAGGACUUUUAAUGAUUAUUAUGAAUGUGUAAAAAAUUGACUGUGAAAUUUUGAAGAAACGUUGGCACAGGAAUGAGCUGAACAGUUUUAAAGCGCCCCAAAAACUUGCAAGAGUCAGCAGGCCCAUUCCAAAUUUCCAUGGAAAUGUUCUAUUUUUAAAUGAAAGAAAGUGCUGAACCUGUUGUGAGCAUGGAAGCUAAGAUCAAGAUCAUGUCUAAAAACUGCUAUCUAAACAAAUGCCUGCUAGCUGAGCUCGCUCAAUGUUCUGGAAGCUUCACUUUACUUUUACAACAAUUACUUUGUAAUCAUUCAUUGUUGUUACACUUAACUGAUAACAUAUAAAUUUUAACUUCUUGGUAGUUUUUAUUCCAAUAAGAAUUGUUGCUGAGCGCAGAUGAAAGCGCUGGACCUCCUGUUAGCAUAGAAUCAAAUCGAAUAGAACUUUAUUGUCAUUGUCACAGGAACAAUGAAAAUCAGGAUGGACGCUACACAACGUGCUAUCGCUUAAUUGUUCAGGGGCUCCAGCGAGUUGCCAUUCCAUCAAUUUAUUUUGACAUGUAGAAAAUCAAAAUGUACUAAACUAUUUCAUUAACAAACACUUGCUAGCUUAGAUGCUAGCUGGCCUGCUAGCUAAGCUGUUUUGCUGGUCUGGAAGCUUCCUUUGAGUUUUAGAAUGAUUCUUUUGAAUGUACUGUAACUAUUGACUAUUUAAUUCAUCCUAUUCAAUUGUUAGCAUCAAAAACGAUUUGUCAGCGAAAAUGAAAACGCUUAGUGUAUUUUUCAUGUAAUCAUUGAAUGUUGUAACUGAUUAAACUAAUCAGACGCGA